UGAAUCGAAAGAGCAAAGAAUAAUGAAUCUUUUAAACUAUGGGAAAUUCAUCAAGUAUCAGUGAAUCUGAAGACGCACCAGAAACAACAAAAAUGGAUGAAAAUUCAGAUUCUGAAGAUACAGGUGACAAGGAAACUCCAGCAGUUAGAGAUUUAAAUGAGUUGUUCGAUCACUCAGCAUUAAGGAAUCUUGUCUCAAAAUUCAAGGAAGAAAUAACAGAGAAUGUAUUACAGCAGUAUAGAACACAGAUUCUACGAUGGUUGGAUGAUAAGGAUAGUAAACAGGAGGAGACAAUAUCUAUCGCCCAGUUCUGUGAUUGGUUGAUGACCAAAAGUGUUUCCAGGGAUGAUGCAAUUAAGACUUUCCAGCAGUUUGACACAGAUGGCAGUGGUGUUGUGGAGACUUCAACAAUGAUAGAAACAGUCAAGUCUAUGAGUGGUCCUAACUUACAGGGAGAAUUAGGAAGGAGUAUUCGUAUGAUGCAGGCUUGCUCACUUACACCAGGUUUUGUUGAUGUGUAUGCUGGAGAUAAAAACGCUGUUAAACAACAUGCAGAAAAAAUACUCAAGUAUUUAUUACGUAACAGAUGCCCGAGUUCCUUUCUACCAUUCCCUCUGCUGAAUGGCUUCAAUAACACAGCCAACAUGAGAGCAUCGGUUCUCAAACAUGUCUUCAAAAAUAUUAAGGAGAGUGGUCCUUCUUUCACUCAAGAAGGUGUAUUGGGAUCUGGAGAAGAGUUAAGAACAAUCAGUCCCUGUCAUAGUAAUAUUGAAGUCUCAUCUAAUUCAUCAGAAUCGUACAGGUUAACCAAUGGUGAUCCUAACACAUACUGGCAGUCAGAUGGUACAGCUAGGUCACACUGGAUAAGAUUACAUACGAAAACAAAUGUUGUAAUAAAGACUUUAUCCGUAGCAGUGGCCUCGUCUGACUCUAGUUAUAUGCCAGAACUUAUACAUAUUGUUGCUGGGAAAAACUUCAGGAGCCUUAGACAACUCAAAGAAAUAAGAAUUCCCAGUCAUGUGACAGGUGAUGUUGUCUUGUUGAAGAACUGUAAGAUUUAUUACCCAAUUAUACAGAUAAACAUAAAGAGAUGUAGAAAUGAUGGCUGUGACACAAGGAUUCAUGGAAUUAAAACUGUCGGGUACAAAGUAAUGAAAGAAUUAGGUAUAAAUGUUGGAGAUGCCGCAGCUGUAUGGUACAUACAAAUCCUAGCCUCUACAGUCACCAUGACAUUACCACUCAACCCACAACUCAGACCAAUGGUACUGGAGCAUACAAGGAGAGCUUUAGAUAACAUACCACCAUUAUCAUUGUGUCCUGCCAGUACAGAGAGACCAAAGUUUCUAUCUAAAUAUGUUCUACAGGAGGUGGAGAAGUUUGUCACAGAUAUAGCUCUUAGCAAUGAUGGUGAAGUUGUUCAGGAAGGAUUACAUAUGCUACUUUCAUUCAAUCUAGCCAGAGGAAAUGUGGGUGGAAUACUGAGGACCUUAAAGCUUCUUCAAGAAUUCCCAGAGACAAGUUUGCCAUGUUCAGAAUUAUUGAGAAAGAUGUUACAGGCCAGAGAUUCAUGUUGGGAAAAAUCAGGGCACCAGUUACCAGUGACAAUACUUGGUACUGAUGGAGGGAAAUCGGAUGAUAAUUCAGGACCAGAAAAUCUUCUCAAUCACACAUGGACUUCAUUGCCUCUUCUUUUUUUUUUAGCAUUUUAUACAACAGAGGAAGGAAAAACAAAAUGUAACAUAAUAUUUAAAAGUACAGAGUUUAUACAGAUAACUAGGAUAAGACUGAAGAAUGCACAAGGAAGUAAGGGAGUUAGAAGAGGACUUUUAUUUGUUUAUAGAGACAGCACUGAGAAAUUCAACAUGGAAGAACAUGCCAAAAGAUUUGAGAGUUAUGAUGACUGGGGCAAAAUGGAGUAUGAUUUUAGUGUACAAGUCAGGGGAGCAGGCAUAGCAGGUAAACCAGACAAUCCUGUGGCCUAUUUUACAUUUGAAGAUGAUUGCAAUGAAAUAGACAUCCCAGUUACUUGGCAUCCUGUUGGGCAGUAUAUCCUGAUAAAGCUGUUAGAACCUCGACAAGAGAAGGAAACAAAGCUGUCUGUAGCUGGGGUCAGAUUUUAUGGAUUUCCUAGAAAACAAGUAUUGAUAGAUGAGGAAGUGUCUGUAAAGCAUCCUCCAAACCCUGACAAGAAACCAAACUGUAACAGUUUAGAGAUUAUACAACAUGUAUUAGAGUUCAUAGUUGAUCUAGCACAAGAUCAGGUGAAGAAAGGUAUUUCCUCAGGGAAGUCAGAUUACUUAGAGUUUGGAGAUACACCUAUCGAUACCCUGUGGGAACUAUAUACUGCUUUCAGAGAUAAUGACCAAGAGAAAUGGCAGAGUUGUGCUAUUUUGAUGUUACAGUUGAUGUAUUGUCUUCUGCCAGUGUCGUCUGCUCCAGAGGGAGAGAAAAAGAAAUGUGCAGAGGAGAUGUUUGAACAUUUCUGUAAAGUAAUAGAUGACUCUGCAGUAGUAAAGACUAGUAAGAAAUACAGAUUAUGUAAACAGCUAAUUGUAGAGGGUGCAGCGAUGUUUUUCCCAGACAAAGAUGCCAGAAGAAAACAGCUGUUUUCAAUGAUGCACCAUGUUGAGAAUUUGUCCAAGUCUCCAUCUGUGAUGUUAGUAUUCCAGUCAUUGUGUAGAUUCUUCAGCUCUGUAGAUCCCAGUGGUUUGUUAGAACUACCAAACCAUGUCAAAGAAGACUACAAUUCUCAGGCUGUGUUAGAUAUAAUGGAGACCAUGCUUUCUGUGACCUACCAUGAGUUUACAGAUACGUUAGAUACAGGGGAGUGUCAUGAACAAGUGAUACACCUCCUGGAGCUGGUAUGUUCAUUACAGACCAGUCUACUGUCAUGGUGCUGGUCACACAUGUUAGAGGAAGAGACUCGAACAGACCUACAGAAAGAAAAAGUCAUAGAAAUAGCAUACCAGUAUGCCAUGUCUGUUGCAAAGAAAGGAACAAAUGCUUGUAAACUGUUGUUAAAACAGUCAAAGGAGAAACUGAUGGAGUUUUUCAAGAUUCCAAAUUCUUCCUUCCUUGGAAACAUUAUCAGACAGUUGAUAAUGAUGCUGACCUACAUCUGUGAUUAUUGUGGAUCUACAGCUAGGGUGGUGCUAAUACACAGUUUCCAACAUCUUGUCCUUGACCUCAAUGACCUUGCUAAAAUGCUUCCUGAAAUAUUUCCAAAUAUAACAAGUGAUCAUUGGUCAACUGUCCAGACAGAUGACAUUGUACUAAGGACAUGGGAAGUGGAGUCAUCACAUAGUUACCAUAACAAUGAACAUGAAACACAGGUAUUCAGUUGUCCAGGAGCUAACAGAUUCAUCAUAGAUUUUGAUCCAAGAUGUGAAACAGAAAGAAGGUAUGACUACUUGAUGUUUACUGAUGCUACUGGUUACCAGAUGAAGUUUGAUCAGAGGGUUGGCUCUAACAAAUGGCCAAGACAAGUCCAGUUUACAGGGCCACAUGUUCACUUCCUGUUUCAUUCUGAUAACAGUAAUACAGAAUGGGGAUAUAAAUUUAAAGUGACAGCUAGAGGAAGUCCUGAUGUACCUUUAUCAUGGCCUUUUGACUUACAGCUCAGUCUAACAAAAUUGAUGGGUCGUCUGUGUGGAGCAACCUUAGCUUCCAACUCACAGGCUGUUAAGACCUUGGCUAUUGGCCCAGAGGACACUGCUGAACAAGAUGUAUUACGGAGUGAACUCUGGACAACUCUGUUUAGAGGGGGAUAUAUGAUAGGAAAACUUCAACACUCAUUGUCAGGAAAAUUUCAAGCAGAAUCAUCAGGAAGUGUGUUAGAGUUUCUAUUGGAAGUAAUUGACAGGAAAGAAGGGGCUCCACUCAGGCUUAUUGAAAAGUGUCGAGACCAUAACAAAGGACUACAAGUUGGAGGAGAAACUAUAGAGAAUGCUGUCAUUGCAGUGUUUACUUCCCUUAUAUGGCAUACACAACAACUCAGAGAAGAUUUACAGAAAUAUAUAGCUGUAUCCAUUGGAGACCAUUGUGUAUCAGAUGGUAUAUUACAUGCCUAUUCCACAGCUGAGUCCAUCAGAAUGCAAUUGCUACAACUUAAACAGAAAAUAGCUGCAGCAGAAAAAGAAGAAAAUGACGAGGAACCUGCAUUGGUAUGUAAAGAUAAGGCUAUGUACCUGUUGAAGUUUGCUGGUUUAACAAAGAUCCAGUUAAAAAAUGAGAUGAGAUCUAAAGCAGCAAAGCAGUGGAAGAAACUUUCUAACAAGAAAAAUGAAAAAAUUAAGCUGGAUGUCACAGACAAAUACCCAUCCUUUAGACUGGUGUUAGAAUUUGUACAGGAUCCAGCAUGGACCACAGAAAGAGUUAAUAGAAUGAUUCAGGAGAGAGUAAACCAUGCCAAAGCUGUAUCAGAUGUUUAUUCCUUUACAGCAGAAUUCCUCAGGAUUCACUGUCUAUCUGUCUCAAAUGGAAUUUUUCAGAUACCAGCUGUGCUAUUCUUCCAAGAAUUAUUGUCCUAUCAGGAUGGCUUUGCUAAACACUACGCUGAUGGAUUAGAUGGUUGUGGUUUACAACAAGAGGCUAAGGUCAGACAAGCUUAUUACCAGCUGAUCAGAAGAUUGUCUGAACCCUUUCAUAAUCUACACAAGCAUGAGUUAGACAAGAAGAUAAUGCCAGCUUAUGAGUUCAUUCAAGCGUGUCUGUUACAUCUGCUAGAUAUGGAAUGGCAGGCCUAUGAUCUGACAUUUGUUACAGAAACUAAGUUACCCUCUCUGUACUUAGAUGUAGCUAAAGAAACCGUAAAGAUGAGGGAUUGUAUGGUAGACCAUCAGGACGAGGACAAUCAGUUGAAGGAGUAUGAGAAGUUUAUCAAGUGGUUUGAAGACUGCUCUUCUGGCUUUGAAGAGUGGUAUGAAAAAAACAAAGUCGAUGAUCCAAAAUUUAAAGAGGAAAAAAGGCAAGUUCAGAUGUUUGUUGCACGGUUUUGUGACCUACUUGAGGUGGAGAUAUCUUGUGAUGGUUGUGGUGUGACACUACCUGGCAGAAGAUACAGAUGUUUACAGUGUAGUGAUAUGGAUCUUUGUGCCACAUGUUUUGCUGGGGGAGUAAAGCCAGAAGGUGAUCAUGCAGAUGACCAUGAAUUUGUUCAUCUGGUAUAUAAGUGUAACAUGUGCCAAGCCUUUAUAGUGGGUACCAGAAUACAUUGUAACCAGUGUGAAGAUUUUGACCUUUGUAUUGGCUGUCAUAACAAAGGAUCUUUUCCAAAAGAACACAAUACUGAUCAUGAUAUAACAAAGUUUCCAAUGAUUAAAUUAAAGACAUCCCAAAGUUCUGACUCUAUGAUACAAGCCUACAUACACCAACAUGUAUGGCUGCUGUUUACAGUACAAGCUUUAGCUACAGGAGAUAUAAUCCAUAAUAAUAAUCAGUAUCCUGACCCAGAUUAUAUCAAGUUAGCCGCCCAGUUACAGAGUCAGUGUAUAGAUGCUGUCACUCACUGUCUCCAACAAGUACCAGAUGAUGCUGAAGAUGGAAGUAAAGAUAUCUUACAGGAAGGGAGGUCACUAGAACAGCGACAAGAAGAAGCUUUUGCAAUUCACUCCCAGGAGAGGGUUAUGGGAUUACUUGGAGCUAUGAUACCAGCAGAUUCAAAGAGUACACUUCCAGGAGUGACGUUUAAUUUCUCAACAGUUGAGUUUAUACAGUUACUCUUCAAAAUAGCUAAGGGAGAGAGUGGCCAUGAAGUCAACACACAACAUCUAGCUAUGGGAUUGUUAGGUCCAUUGUUGAAGAAAUCAUCACCUAAGGUAGCAGAUGAGGCAGUCAUUACUAAGGAUUGGACCAGUGAAGUUGAAGGUCAAAAGUCAAUCAAAUAUCUCUUCUCGUUUGGAGCAAACUGUUUAGAAAAAUGGGGAUUAGAAUGGGCCUGUUCUGUGGCCAGGAUAUUACAGAGUUUAUACAUAUCUACUGAGUGGAAGAUGGUGAUUCAUCAACACCUAACACACUGUGUGUUAUCUAUGACAGACAAACCAGAUCUACAGUCUAUAUUUGCACUGUUUGUUAUGGCUGGCUUCCCUGAGGUACUAACAAUAGGAACAUUGGUCCACUUUAGUCAUAUAGGAACAGAGCAAACAGGUGUGGUCCUAAAACAUUUCCCUGAUAAAUACCAAACUCUAGUCAUAGACAUCAAAACAAGGAAAAGACACACGAUAAAUGAUAAAUUUAUUGAUUGCCUCAGUAUGGUAACAGAAGUAUGGGAUACAGAUCACUUUAGUGUUUUUAUACAAACUGUAAAAAGUAUUACAGCCAAGAUCAAGACUGAUGAAGAUAUAUCUGUGGAGGCAGUGUGGGUGUUAUCACUAAGUCUAAAGGUCCUUAGCAACAACUUAAAAAAGUUAGGGGAGACUUAUUAUGCUACAGAACUAUUUGAAGCCAGCUUUAUUCAGUGUCUGGUGUAUUUAUCAAGUAAAGGAACAGAUUUUAGUCAGCAGUGGCUCAUUAAAGAUUUGGAGGUUCUGUCCCUGAUGUUGUAUACAGAUGGUGUGAACUCGAGUGCAAAGAAAGGAAGACACCCUUCAUUCCCAGAACCGCCUUCUAUUGUCUCAUUAAAACCUAUGAAAUCCAAGGAUAAAAAAUCAGGAGAUGACAAAGAAAGUCUGUUGUCUACAUCUUCAUCUUCAAUAUCAUCUUCUCCUUCGUCGUCUGAUGAUGAUGAGAAUGUAGCAGACGACACAGAGAAUGAUGAUGUCAAUAGUAUAUUCCCUGACGCAGACGAUGAUACAAAGGGAAUGUUUAAGUUUUUCCAUGGUGAUUGUAAGGUUCCAUUAGAUGUACUUAGAGCUAUUUAUGAUAUGAAUGAUAAAAAUACUUCAGAGUGUUAUAAAGCACUCAUAGAAAAUCUGGAAAGUUCAGCAUUACAGACAAAGGAUGAGAUUAUGAAGAUGGCACUCAAAUGGGGAGGACGUCUGACUGCAUCUACACAAGAAGCACCAGUCAUCCCUACUGACUCAGAGAAACUGAUAGAUACAGGCAUCUACUAUCACCAAGUCAUACAGUCACAGAAUAAAAUCCCUGAAAAGGCAAAAGAGGAAGCAAGUUCUGAAGACACCAAGCUUAUGAAUACACCAGAUAAUGAUGUGGAAGAUGAUAUACAGAAACAAAAACGUAGCAGAAGCGCUGAACUUCUCAAAAAGGAAUUGGAAAAACAAGGGAAAUCUAGCUCUAGAGAAUAUCUGUAUAAAGUCAAUAUGGCAAUGGCUGUGUUGUAUGCUAGACAAGUUCUCAGAAAAUUAUUAGCACACUGGCCAGAAUCUGCUCCUGCCAUUACAGCCGAGUUAUUGGGAUGUAAACAAGUUCAUGAUAUCCCAUGUAUCCUGGACUUACUCAACAGAUCAGAAACUAAAGAUGUAUUCCAGACUGUUGUACAGAAAGUGAUAAAGUACAGUGAUAAAGAGAGCCUGAUCCCCAUAGCCUGUACGGCUGCCCAGUUUAUGGAGGAGAUCACAAUGUCAUCCUUAAUCAAACAGUUAAACACUGAUGAUUAUAAACAGAAUAAAGAUUGUGUCAAAGAUAUGAAGGAAGCUAUACAAAUCCCUGGAGCCUCAAAACUACAGAUAUCUUUUGAUAGCAAAUGCAGUUUAAGACAGAAUGAAGAUACACUGACAUUCUCAACAUCAGAUGACAUGCAACAAAAUUCUAAGACAUUUUCAGGAGAUUCAUCCAACUUUAUUAACUUUGAAUUUCAAGGUGACAAGUUAUGGUAUAAAUUUUCUAUAAAGAAAUCACCAUCUGAGACAUCAAACUGGGGAUACAAGUUUAGUGUGACCGCUGGCUCUAUACUGACCAGGGACAGCUUUGAAACAGGAUAUGCUAUUCUAAAUAAUGUCCUUUCAACCAAGUUGGCCUUAGCCUUGCCUUUAUGCAGAUUGUGGCAUACCUUAGUAUAUGUUGCCAUUAAACAGACAGGAGAAAACAGACUGAAAUCUAUACAACUUAUGCUAAAGAUAAUACACACUCAACAUAGAUCAUCAGCUGAGAGUUUAUCUAUAGAUCUGAGUUUGUUAAAACCACUGUGGAAUUUAUAUAAUGGUAUAACUAAAGAUGGUUCUGAUACAAAGACAUUGGUUCCCCCACUAGCCAGAGCUCUGACAGAACUCUUCUUACAAGUGGAAAACUUAGCUAUGGAAUGGGAUGCUGUUAUUGAAUACUUAGUGGCAUUACAGGACAUGGAGGAUAUCAAGAAAAUUGUUAAACAGGGCAUUUUAAAUGUUGCUGCUGUGAGUGUCAGUAUAGGUUAUACAAACAUAGCUACAGAAAUUAUCAGUGCUGUCAGAAAGAAGAAAGCUACGAAAACAACAAAAAAUUAAAACUUAAUCUUCAGAUACUAUGUGUUAUUAGAGAGAGAUUAAAACUUAAUCUUCAGAUACUAUUUGUUGUUAGAGAGAGAAAGGUUACCUAUAGACACAAUAUAGCACACUUAUUUAUUUUUAAACCCACCUACUAAGUAGCUGAGGUACCAGUUUAAAUACAAUCAGAUGUUUACUGCAUUCAUGUAAUAUUUGCCUGAAAUUAUGAUAUAUCUACAAGGCAGUAUCUGUAUAAGUAUUUUUUUUUUUAAUUUUAGUUGUUGUGUCACUAAUAAUGUUUAAAUAUGCUGUUGUUUUAAGAAUGAGAAAUUAAGACAAUUAGAUCAUGUUAAGUUUAUAAACUUGUUCUAAGAUACUAAGUAACAUAAUUUAUUAUUAAUCCUUCACUUUAUUUCUUUUUUAGGAUUAAAAGAUUAAUAUUCGUACAAAUUGAAGACUUUUAGUUUAGAUAUAAUAACUCUUAUGAAUGUUGGAUACUCUUUUUCAAAAUAGCAAGUGCUUUGAAAGAUUUUAAAUAUAAAACAAUAGUAUAUAAAUAAAGGAGCUUAAAAAGUAAAAAAAAGAAGGGUCCAUAUGCUUGCCUUCCAGAUAAAGUACUUUUCAUUAUUCACCUCCAUCAUGUAAAGCCAAAUCUUUGAAAGCUAAAGAUAUAUAUACAUGUAAUACUGAAACCUGUAAAGAGCUAUAUGACCUAUAACUGCUUAAAUUUGUUUCAUUUGAACUUUGGUUAUCUCAUAGGCAAUCAUAUGACAUUUUGAUUUUUGAAAAGGGAUAAAUUGCAUAAGACUUGUUAUUAAUAUACACAAUUAUUUUUUGUUACAAUUUGUGUAUUGCAACACAGUUUAGGAGUCUUCAAAUGAUUAUUUACAAAUACAAAUAUAUCCAAGCACUCGCUUAAAGAAAUCAUCAAAUUUGGAGUUGGUUAAAACAAAUUUUACAUCUACAUUUUGAUGUUGUUGGCCAUUUUGUUCUUUAUUUUGUAAAUAUAGGUACAACUGAGUGAAAAUUAUUAUUUUGGGGAUAAAUUUCUUAUGAGAAACAACUGUUAGUCUAGUCAAAGUGUGUUGAUGUUUGUUACUACACUGACACAUAGUUAAUCUCCAUAUAUGUUUUUUCUGCUAUUUGAUGAUAAUACUUUGCAAGGUUAAAAGAAAGGGGUGGGACUUUAAAAGGGUAAAAAAUAUAUUUAUGUUUGAAAUGUAAUUGAGCCCUAUGGUAUACAUGCACAUGGUCUAUAUAUAUAUAGCUAAAAAUAAUGUAAAUAUAUAACUCACUUCUAAUAAAUUGGUAAUAUCAAAACUAUUUAGCCCCCAACCCCUUCUAAAGCCCUGGUGUUUUCAAGUAAAGUUCAGCAUGACAAAUAACAUUACAUAAAUACUUUUCAGAUAUUUGACAAAGUUUUGUAUAUCAGAGUUAUUUUAUAUGUACUAUGUUAUAUUUGCUGUGAUAUUAGUUUGUUAUAGAUGUACUAUCAUAUCAAUUAAAUUUAA